CUGCAUACAUGCUAAUCAUAUGAAUAAAAACAUCUAACGUAACCCUUGUGGCAGACAAUAAUUUCUCCUUCUUUCUUAAAAAAGGCAGAUUUUGCGCUAAUAAAAUAAGAUUACAAUCUUUGUGUUCUAACGGUUUGGAUUAGUUUUUGUCCUAAGAUGAUGAUUUGUGUGCUUGGAUUUAUGGCAAGAACAAACAUCAAAGGCGGGUCAUACCUUGCUUUGAUUAAUAAUUCGAAGCCUUUGUAGGUAUUUCGAAAGUAAAGGUGUGAAAGGAUUUCUGUAAUUGAUAUUAAAAAAACGGCAAAAUAAUAAAAAAGAAGUACAUCUUCCAGGGUCCUUGUGCGUCUGAGACAACAGUUCAUAAAGUGUUUUAUAUGACCUUUUUUAUUAUGUCAAUAGAAGUAUUUGCGUCAUGGAUUUUGGCUAAUAGCUACAGUUUACAGUUGCCGCAUCUGUGGGAAAUGGGAUUGUAGCUACAGGGCAAAGAUUGUGUGAAAUUCCAUUUUUGGACUAGGAUUAUAUGUAAACGGAUUUCUAGAUGACGUCCCCAUCCUAUAAGGAUGGACAGUAUUAUCGGGUCGGUCGGAAGGGUUGCUAACGUAAAAGUCCGAAAUGAUGAUGAUCUCGUGGACCGCCUAAAUCAUCUCUACACGACCGGCAUUCUCAUCAUUUUCACAGUCGUUGUCAGUGCAAGACAAUACGUCGGUGACCCAAUAAGAUGCUGGUGUCCCGCAGAGUUUCCGGGGACACAUGUGGACUAUGCGAACAACAUUUGCUGGAUCUCAAACACAUAUUACGUCCAUAUCCAGGACCCCAUCCCCAUAGUCGCAGAACGCGAGGGGAAGGAACUCAACUAUUAUCAAUGGGUGCCUGUCAUGCUUCUUGUGCAGGCGCUCAUGUUUUAUAUCCCUUGCAUUAUCUGGAGGUUGUUAAAUGGACAAUCUGGGAUAAAUGUGGAUAGAAUUGUGCAGCUAGGGAGCGAUGCUCAGUAUGAGAGUCCUGAAAGUCGUGUCCGGACUAUAAAAUAUGUUGUGCGUCAUUUAGAUCGUUGCCUUGACAACCAGCGUGAAAGUAGGUCAACGUGUUGUGUGUCUAUACGUCACUUCCUGUCUGCAAAGUUAUCUAUAUUGUGUGGGAAGCGUUAUGGAAAUUUCUUAGUUGGAGUUUAUUUCUUAAUCAAAGUAUUGUAUAUUUGUAAUGCUAUUGGACAACUUUUCUUGCUCAAUGAGUUCCUUGGUACGGACUAUAAUGUAUUUGGCUUCCAAGUGCUUGACGAUUUGAUAAACGGAAAAGAAGACUGGACCGCGAGUCACCGAUUUCCAAGGGUGACUCUGUGUGACUUUCAGAUUCGUCAAUUCAACAACCUUCAUCGAUAUACAGUCCAAUGUGUGCUUCCCAUAAACCUUUUCUCAGAAAAGAUAUAUAUCUUCUUAUGGUUUUGGUUUGUGUUUUGUUCAAUCAUGUCCUGCUACAGCCUAGCUAGCUGGAUCUGGUACACCGUCUUUCCAACUGCCCGGAUGCAAUAUGUCCGAAAAUUCCUGCGUGUUAUGGACAGAAUCGGAACCGGACCGGAGAAAAAACUCGCCAAUAGAUUCACCAUCGAGUAUUUGCGACACGAUGGUGUGUUUACGUUGAGACUGGUCGGGAAGAAUUCAAGUGAUAUCGUUGUGGCGGAAAUUCUUGCUGGAUUAUGGGAUAUGUAUAGAACAAAGAAAGCGGCACAAAUUCGAAAUAAUUCCCUAGGAAAUGAAUUUGAAGGCGAGGACGUUUGACUAUAGGGACGGAAAAUUAGAGAUUAGAAAUUUAAGAGCAAAAAUGUAAAAAGGUUUCGGUUUGUAAUUUACGUGUGACAUCAUAAAAUGACUGCCUUUUACAUUAUUAAAGCUGCACUCUCACAUCUUGAUUGUUUUGACAACUUUUUUUCUGUUUUUGCUUUGGAAUGAGCCAAUUUUCGGGUAAAUGUCUGGAAACCUGUGAUUCAAGUCUACUGGCAUAAGAUCAUGUUGCAGUUAAUCAUAUUUACGUUCAAAAAUUGAUGUUGUAUGAAAAAUUAGUUUUUCCGCAGUAGUCCAUACCUAUUGUAUUGUACGACUCAAUCGAAGGCGCUUACGCCAAAAUCAGCUGAUUCUAAGACAAAAAUUAAAAGAAAAGUGAAAACUGUCAAUCUGUGAGAGUGCAGCUUUAAAUAUGCAUCGUUGUACAUAUUAUUACACCACCACUGAAAACGUUUUCAAAACUGUAUUUUCAGGGCUUACAGCAAGCUUGUUAUAACCCCUUCAUUUCUGUAUAAAAGGUACUCGCUCAUGUUUUUGGACCAAAAAUUAGUUUUCCCAGUAAUGCAUCUGAAGACACUUAUUUUGUCAUUAUUUUACUCUAUGAUAUCGAAAUUGCAGAAAAAAUACAGUUAUAGCAUAAAAACACUAUUUUGGUGCGAACCCAGGUAAAGCCAAAAUCGGAGCUUUUACACAAAAAGACGAUAUUUGAGCAAAUAUUUGCUAAGGGGUUCCAGCUUUUUGUAUCUUAGUUUAAACACUCCUUACGAUUUGCCACAAAUUAUUUCGUCGUACAAAAAAAACGAGCAAAACAUGACCGAGUACCUUUAAGUAACAACCGUCUUGCAGUAAGCCCGCGAUUUGUUUAAUUCAAACGAUGGCUACUGAAUUGCCUUAACACAUGCAUUUGCACUAUUCAAAACCGUAUACCUUGUUACUAUACAGCUGAUGCAAACGUAGUUUAUACCAAUGGUUGAGAAGUGUUGCCCUUAACAAGUAUACGUUGCAGUCGUUACGUUUUGUAAAUAUUGUUCUAAAAAGAGUGGGGAGAACUGUGGUGUGCCAAGUGAUUCAGAGAGUACUAUCAAGAACGGAAAGACUAAACAGUUAGCUAUAUCUGUUAUUUAUAGUUACAGCUGUAUUAUUUAGCUACAGCUGUUUUUUUUAAGCUGCGGCUGUAAAUUACAGCUAUAGUUGUAUUUUAUAGAUACAGCUGUACUUUAUAACUGCAGCUGUAUUCAUAGCUACACCUGUAUUUUAUAGAUGCAGCUGUGUUUUAUGGCUACAGCUGUAUUUAUAUCUAACACCGUAUUAAUAGUUACAGCUGUAAUUUAUAGCUACAGCUGUAAUUUAUAGCAACAGCUGUAUUUGAUAUUUAGUCUGUAUUUGUAUAUCUAUAGCGGUAGCUUUAUUUAACUGCUACAUCUAUAAAUGACUACAAUCAUUAAUUACAGUUGUUGCUAUUUUUAAAUCUAUCGCCACAAAGUGCAACAGUUAAUAUAAAGCUGUAGCUGUAUAUGUGAUGCCAUAAGUAUAGUUAUAGCUGCGUUUCAUAGCUGUAGCUUUACUUUGGAACACAACUUCAGCUGAACAAUACAUACACAGCUGUAGCUAUCUUCGAAAUGUCACUAUUGUCAAAUUGUAACUUUUGAGCCACAUGGUACACCAUCGAAAACUAUAAUUGAACUAUUGUGUUUUUUUCAUGUGUUUUCUUCUGAAAGAUUUAAAAAAUAUAGCCUCUUUGAGAAGCAGGUAACACAUGGGCGUAGCUAGGGUCUAAAAAGCUUGUAGGCCCGAUGAUUCUAUGUGAGUUUGUGGACUUUUAUAUGCAUAUUACACACACUCAAUUAUACAAUUGCAAUGAUUACAAUAAAACCAAGAAAAACACCCUGUACGUAGUUUUAAAAUAAGAGCACAAACACCCUGUACGUAGUUUAAAACAAAGAACACCAAAAUUGAUUUCGUUAAAAUAAAGCAGACUUUUGAGUUGUUCACAGUGUUUGAGUAGUUUUUGCUGAAUUUUUGAGUUAUUCAAAUUUUCCCAAAAAAGUUGUAGGCCCGGGCCUACAAGGCUUAUAUGUAGCUACGCAACUGUAACAAUAUGAUAAAGUCGAAUAUAAUUGAUGUUUGACGUAUGACGUAUGUAUGUGUAACGAUGUCAAUCUAUUGCUGAUAGUGUUUAAAUGAAAAAGGCUAUGCACCAAAUCACGCCAAUCAAAAACCAAAGGUUGCCGAACCUAUGCAUGUCAUACCUUGUUUGUUUGUUAAUGAAUCAUAAGGUGUUCGAUCCGUUAUCGAGCGAGGUCUUCAUUGUUAUUUACUAGCUAUAACGUUAAGAUUUGAUAUGAGAAAACCUUUGAAAAAGGGUUUGUAUGUUGAUAAAAUAUGAUAAUAAAAUGUCACCUUAGUAACCUAUUUUUAUGUUAAAUACUGUUUUGUUCAUUUCUUAACUGAAAUAAUUAAAAUUCAGCUGAUUUAGGACCAUUUGGUGAUUCAUUUAAUGAAGUAGCAUAAUGGUCUUAUCUUAAACAUACUUGGCUUUUUCUUAUAUAAAAUGCUGUGAAAAGACAUCUGAAUUGCAUGAGGAUUCCAUGCAUCAAAUUUCACAUGUAAUAGGACAGAUACCUUAAAAUGUUUAGAGUAUGAGUGAUAACAGUAUUCAUUUGAAAAUUAUAUAUUGUCAUAAUUGAUUUACAAGUUUGUUAUAUAUGUACAGUUGCAUAAUAUAUUUAUAUUUGAAACAAAGUCUAUAAUAUGUGCACAAUUGUUUGUUUUUUACCAAUGUUCCGUUCCGGGCAAAUGUGCAAUUAUUUGAAACCAGUAGACUAGGCAUACGAGCUAUUUAUCAUCUUGUAACAAUUUGGCAAAUGUGCAAUCAAGAAAAUAUGUGUGUACUUUAGAAUCACGUAAAUAAACAAUCGAAAUAGUUAAUUGUUUAAAAUUCCGAAACGAUAAAAGUGCAAAGGUACUUUCUCUGAUAGAUUGGUUAACAGCAACUUCUUUUGAAGGGGAAAUGUCUCCUGGUCAAACGUAAGUAGCAUUACAACUAAGAAACUGAACGUUUGUACUUUGCCAAUAUGUUUAAUGGUCAACUCUUUCGUACUUUGAAUUUCGUUAAGAAAAGCAAUCGGGAUAAAAAUAGAAACACGCGCAUGCGCAGGUGACAUUACUUAAAUAAUAUCAAAUCAUCACGUGACAAUACUGCCGCUUAAAACGGGUUUCCGGAUCAGUGCACAUUUUAAAAAAAAACGAGAUAUUUUUGGUCUGAAACACACACUUUAAUGUAUCAAUUAGAACUGCACAAAUGUAUUAGAGCGAUCGAAAGGAUUAUGCAUGUUGUUGCCAAUCUAUGACAGAUUCCUUUAAAAUAACAGACACGUUCUAUUUGUGGAAUAUUGACUUCAAAUUAAGUCUGCAAGACAGAUAACUGAUAUGACUUUAUCAAAACUGCAACAAUACAUGUAGCAUCUAUGUAUAAAUCAAUAUAAUGAUCUAAUGUAUAGCAUUUUUGUUCGGAUAAGUAAUAUGUAUUUGUUGAACACAAGACAUAUCUUUACAUAGUUACAUUUAUGUUGUAUAUGCCUAUAUACAUGUAUAUAUAGUUAUUCGUUUUGUUUGUGAUUGUUUUAUUGUUAUUAAUCUAUUAGAGUUUACUGUUUACUUUUUUGGUGUUUUCUUUGUUAUAUUUAUCUAGUCUAUUAAUAUUUCUACAAGAGGUUAAUGUGUAUAUGAUAAUACGGGGUAUGAGCCAGUUCUAUUAACAUUGGUAGUGGUUUGAAUUUAUUGAUUUAUUGAUUUAUUCAAUUGGGUAUUAAAGGUAUAAAAUUUUACGAAAUGUCCCGAAAAAUAAUAUUUGCUAAUUUUCGGAACUGUUUGGCUUUUUCCUUUUAAAAAGUAUUGGCAGACUGGUGUAUCUGUUUGACGAGCUUAAAGUUAAUCAAUAAAAAUGAACCAGUUUUGCCCUAAUGCAAAUUGCUGAUGAACCCGCUGUUAAUAAUUGCUGAUUUAAACUGUCUUCUGUCAGAUUGUUAUGAACAAUUAGCCUAUUUCGUGUGUUUUUGUUAGUUUUUGUUUUGUACCUUACACAUGCAUUGUAUUUUCACCUUUCUUAAAUAUAGUCAAAUGAAAAAUGGUGAUAAAUUUUAAUAUCUAAAUUUCAUUGGUCAGAUUUGAAUAACAAGUAAUCCGAUUAGCUACAUCGUUCUUAGAUCCAGUCAAGACAAAUAUUGAAUAUAAGCCCUGAGCCCUGACAAAUACGUGCACUAUUUCUCGUAGCUCUUAUAUCGUUGUCGUUUAUCCGUUGAAGAUAUUGAUAAAAAAAAAACUUAGUACACAUUGUGCAAGAGACAGUACACCCAAUAUAUCGCACGGCCCAUGACUCAUGAUUAUUGUUAUGUCCCUUGAUUGACUAAAAACAGACAAGCGUUUGUAUUCAAUCUGCGGCGCUUUUGUUUUUUCAGCAAAGUAAGUUUGGUUUUGCGCUAUGUAAUCUCAGAAAUGCGAUCAAGAUUCUUGUAAUACAAUACCUACCUAUGCACGUUCUAUAUUAUGAUAGAAUCUUUGAACAGUAUAAACAAAGUGGAGUUUUCUUCUGUAUGAUAGUGUUAUUCUGUAGUUCAACGGUAGGUAGUUGAGAUAGUGUUUUUGCACUCGAAAAGUAAUAUGUCUUUAAUUGUAAUUGUACGCACUUAUAGUUUCCAUUUUGAUUUCAUAUCACUUGUUGAAAGAAUGACUAGUUGAUUUACAAUGUUCGCAUAAUUAUUCGAAUAUGAAUCCCUUGUUUAACUGUUGAAGUCAUGUGUAUGAUAUUGUGCAAUCUUCAUCAAAUUAUAUUCUACGUAAUAUUUCUUUAUACCUUAAAUGUAUAUAAUAUGUUUUCAAAGAAAUACAUUUUGAAAGAUAA